GGCACCCCAACGCAGCCGCCGCGGCACGCCGGCACCCCACCCUCACCCACGCCGCGCCUAAGCGGCCCCGCGGAGUCCCGACGCGGGCCUCCGCGGUACCCGGGUACCAGGCCAGCUUAUGGAGAAUCCCAGAUAACGCGGGUUGGGGGCGCCCACGCCCCCCAUCCCCGCCGGCAUGGCUCGGCCGCCGCCACUCCAGGAGCUGCCCCCUGGCUAUACACCCCCAGCUCGAGCCGCAUCACCCCAGAUCCUAGCUGGGAGCCUGAAGGCUCCACUCUGGCUUCGUGCUUACUUCCAGGGGCUGCUCUUCUCUCUGGGCUGUGGGAUCCAGAGACACUGUGGCAAAGUGCUGUUCCUGGGCCUGUUGGCCUUUGGAGCCCUGGCACUGGGUCUCCGCGUGGCCAUCAUUGAGACAGACCUAGAACAGCUCUGGGUGGAAGUGGGCAGCCGGGUGAGCCAGGAGUUACAUUACACCAAGGAGAAGCUGGGGGACGAGGCUGCAUACACCUCCCAGAUGUUGAUACAGACCCCACUCCAGGAAGGGGAGAAUAUCCUCACACCUGAGGCACUUGGCCUCCACCUCCAGGCAGCCCUCACCGCCAGUAAAGUGCAAGUAUCACUCUAUGGAAAGUCCUGGGAUUUGAACAAAAUCUGCUACAAGUCAGGAAUUCCCCUAAUUGAAAAUGGAAUGAUUGAGCGGAUGAUUGAGAAGCUGUUUCCGUGCGUGAUCCUCACCCCCCUCGACUGCUUCUGGGAGGGAGCCAAACUCCAAGGGGGCUCCGCCUACUUGCCCGGCCGUCCUGACAUCCAGUGGACCAACCUGGAUCCAGAGCAGCUGCUGGAGGAACUGGGCCCCUUUGCCUCCCUCGAGGGCUUCCGGGAGCUGCUAGACAAGGCACAGGUGGGCCAGGCCUAUGUGGGGCGGCCCUGUCUUCACCCUGACGAUCUCCACUGCCCGCCUAGUGCCCCUAACCAUCACGGCAAGCAGGCUCCCAAUGUGGCUCAGGAGCUGAGUGGGGGCUGCCACGGCUUCUCCCACAAGUUUAUGCACUGGCAGGAGGAAUUGCUGCUGGGGGGCAUCUCCAGAGACCCCCGAGGACAGCUGCUGAGGGCGGAGGCCCUGCAGAGCACCUUCCUGCUGAUGAGUCCACGCCAGCUGUAUGAGCACUUCCGAGGCGACUACCAGACGCAUGACAUCGGCUGGAGCGAGGAGCGGGCCGGCACAGUGCUGCAAGCCUGGCAGCGGCGCUUUGUGCAGCUGGCUCAGGAGGCCCUGCCUCAGAAUUCAUCGCAGCAGAUCCACGCCUUUUCCUCCACCACGCUGGAUGACAUCCUGCACGCCUUCUCUGAAGUCAGUGCUGCCCGCGUGGCAGGAGGCUAUCUGCUCAUGCUAGCCUAUGCCUGUGUGACAAUGCUGCGCUGGGACUGUGCCCAGUCCCAGGGUGCGGUGGGCCUUGCAGGGGUGCUGCUGGUAGCCCUGGCAGUGGCCUCGGGCCUUGGGCUCUGCGCCCUGCUUGGCAUCGCCUUCAAUGCCGCCACUACCCAGGUGCUGCCCUUCCUGGCACUGGGCAUCGGUGUGGAUGACAUAUUCCUGCUGGCACAUGCCUUCACAGAGGCCCCCCCUGGCACCCCCCUCCAGGAGCGCACAGGUGAGUGUCUGCAGCGCACGGGGACCAGCGUGGCGCUCACGUCCAUCAACCACAUGGUGGCCUUCUUCAUGGCCGCCCUCGUUCCCAUCCCUGCACUGCGGGCCUUCUCCUUGCAGGCAGCCAUAGUGGUCGGCUGCAACUUCGCAGCCGUGAUGCUUGUCUUCCCGGCGGUCCUCAGCCUGGACCUGCGCCGGCGCCACUGCCAACGCCUUGACGUGCUCUGCUGCUUCUCUAGGCCCUGCUCUGCUCGGGUGAUUCAGAUUCUGCCCCGGGAGCUAGGGGAUGGGACAGGACCAGUGGGCAUUGCCCACCUGACGGCCACAGUUCAAGCCUUCGCCCACUGCGAAGCCAGCAGCCCGCAUGUUGUCACCAUCCUGCCCCCCCGGGCCCGCUUGGUGCCCCCACCUUCCGACCCACUGGACUCUGAGCUCUUCAGCCCAGGAGGGUCCACACGGGACCUCCUAAGCCAAGAGGAGGGGACCAGGCAAAAGGCAACCUGCAGCUCCCUGCCCUGUGCCCGCUGGAGUCUUGCCCAUUUCGCCCGCUAUCAGUUCGCACCCUGGCUGCUCCAGGCGCACAGCAAGGCCAUGGUGCUGGUGCUCUUUGGGGCUCUUCUGGGCCUGAGCCUCUACGGAGCCACGCUGGUGCAGGACGGGCUGGCCCUGACGGAUGUGGUGCCUCGGGGCACCAAGGAGCAUGCCUUCCUGAGCGCCCAGCUCAGGUACUUCUCCCUGUACGAGGUGGCCCUGGUGACACAGGGUGGCUUUGACUACGCCCACUCCCAACGCGCCCUCUUUGAUCUGCACCAGCGCUUCAGUUCUCUCAAGGCCGUGCUGCCCCCCCCUGCCACCCAGGCGCCCCGCACCUGGCUGCACUAUUACCGGAACUGGCUACAGGGGAUCCAGGCUGCCUUUGACCAGGACUGGGCUUCCGGGCGCAUCAGCCACCACUCGUGCCGCAACGGCUCCGAGGAUGGGGCGCUGGCCUACAAGCUGCUCAUCCAGACCGGGGAUGCCCAAGAGCCUCUGGAUUUCAGCCAGCUGACCACAAGGAAGCUGGUAGAUAAGGAGGGGCUGAUUCCACCCGAGCUCUUCUACGUGGGGCUGACCAUGUGGGUAAGCAGUGACCCGCUGGGCCUGGCGGCCUCACAGGCCAACUUCUACCCCCCACCUCCCGAGUGGCUACAUGACAAGUAUGACACCACCGGGGAGAACCUUCGCAUCCCAGCAGCCCAGCCCCUGGAAUUUGCCCAGUUCCCCUUCCUACUGCAUGGCCUCCAGAAGACCGCAGACUUCGUGGAGGCCAUCGAGGGGGCCCGGGCAGCGUGCGCCGAGGCAGGCCGGGCCGGGGUGCGUGCCUACCCCACCGGCUCCCCCUUCCUCUUCUGGGAGCAAUAUCUGGGCCUGCGGCGCUACUUCCUGCUGGCUAUCUGCAUCCUGCUGGUAUGCACUUUCCUCGUCUGUGCCCUGCUGCUGCUCAACCCCUGGACGGCCGGCCUCAUAGUACUGGUCCUGGCGAUGAUGACUGUGGAGCUCUUUGGCAUCAUGGGUUUCCUGGGCAUCAAACUGAGUGCCAUCCCCGUGGUGAUCCUUGUGGCCUCUGUAGGCAUUGGUGUUGAGUUCACGGUCCACGUGGCUCUGGGCUUCCUGACCACCCAGGGUAGCCGGAACCUGCGGGCUGCCUGUGCCCUAGAGUGCACAUUUGCUCCAGUGACCGAUGGGGCCGUCUCCACAUUGCUGGGUCUGCUCAUGCUUGCUGGGUCCAACUUUGACUUCAUCAUAAGGUACUUUUUCGUGGUGCUAACAGUGCUCACGCUCCUGGGCCUCCUCCAUGGGCUCGUGCUGCUGCCCGUGCUGCUGUCCCUCCUGGGCCCCCCACCAGAGGUGGUACAGAUGUACAAGGAGAGCCCAGAGGUCCUCAGCCCCCCAGCUCCACAGGAAGGAGGGCUCAGGUGGGGGUUGUCCCCCACCCUGCCCCAGAGCUUUGCCAGAGUGACUACCUCCGUGACGGUGGCCCUCCACCCACCCCCACUGCCUGGUGCCUACAUCCAUCCAGCCUCCGAUGAGCCCCCUUGGUCCCCUGUUGCCACACCAGCUGCCAGCGCCCCUAGCAGCCUCAGUUCUAGGGGACCAUGUCCAGCCACUGGGUGAAAGAGUGCCUGAAGCCUGGAGACCCUGCUUGGGCCACGUGAAGUCACUGGGAAGCAAUGGGUGGGUUAUUGACUGCAGGACGGACUCCCGGAGAGCCUGGCUGCCACUGUCCGCCUGCAUGCCGUCCCCUGCCUUAGCCGUCCCAGACCUCCCUGCUGCCAUUCGAGACCACCAGCCUCUGGGCUCAGAGCAUCUCGCACGCCGGGUUCUGUGUGCCUGGGCCUGUCCGGGUGCGGGGAGAAGCCAGCAAUUCGGGCUGCGGUUGGCCCUCCCCCCCCCGCGCCCCGCGCCACCCCCCCUUGCUACUGGCCCCUAGCAGACCAAGACGGAGGAGCCCUCUAGCACCCUUUGUGAGGCCUGGCCCCCCAUGCUUGGUAACUCCUGAGUAGGCUGUCUGCAUCUCUGUCCACAUCCUACCACAUAAAUUAUUUAUAUGAAGAUGUUUAUUUUUGUAGUUUGUAUAGAUGUUAGCUACGCUGAAAGUUCUAUUUUUAAAGAGUGAAAUAUAUUCUAUAUGAACUCA